AUGGGGUGCUGGUGGUGCCGCGGCAUGGUGCUGGCCUGGCUGCUGCUGCUGCGCCCGCUGCCCUCGCAGUGCUGCCCCGCUGCCUGCCGCUGCUCCAUGGAGAACGUGGACUGCAGCGAGCACGGGCUCCGCGAGGUGCCCCCGGGCCUGGCCACCAACACCAGCGCCCUGUGGCUCGACUACAACUUCAUCACGGUGCUGGGGCCACGCUCCUUCCCGCCGCUGCCAGGGCUGCAGGUGCUGAGCCUGCCCCACAACCAUCUAGGGCUCAUCCACAGCCAGGCACUGGUGGGGCUCGGGGCCCUGCAGGAGCUGGAUCUCAGCGACAACUACUUGACCGUGCUGACCCCUGAAACCUUCCUGCCCCUCACCAACCUCACCAAGCUGAACCUGGGUGGAAACAGGCUGAGGCAGCUGGAGCCUGGGGUGCUGCGAGUGCUACCCCAGCUCCGAGCCCUCUUCCUGCAGGACAACCCUUGGGGGUGCAGCUGCAGCAUCCUGCCUCUCUGGCGCUGGCUCAGCCACAACAGGGACAAAGUGCGAGAGAAGAGCUUGCUCCUCUGCAGUGUCCCGGAGCAACUGAACAAGUAUCCGAUCAUGGCUUUUGGGAAUGAGUCCUUCAGGCAAUGUCAGGAGACCUCGCUCUCUGCCCAGCACUACAUCACCUUCAUGAUCAUUGGACCAUUCUCUUUCAUGGCCAGCAUCUUCUUCUGCACCUUCACAGGCUCCGUCGUGGUGGUUUACCACAACCUGCGCAAGGAACCCCAUGUCUCAAGGAGAUCCUGCAUCUGA